AUGCCAGCAAUUAGUGCACUAACACGAGGGCAGCCAUGGCUUGCGUGCUUCUGUACGGCGGUGGCGUUGCUUUGCUAUACUGCAUCCUGUUCCCCGUCGCUAGCUGCGCGUUCGUGCAGCUGCUGCGAUGAGGAGCUGAAGAAUAGGGACGACAUCGUCUACUACAGCUUCCCCUCCUUCAAUAGAAGUCUCGCGAGCACUGCCUUGGCGCCGCUCAAGGAUGCAAGCAUAAAUGGGGGAGCCCUCCAGCUGACUCCAGACACCAGAAACAACGUUGCCUUCCUUGUCAACAGGUCCGGGUCCGUUCUCCUCGUGUCCCCGGUCACGCUGUGGCGCGUCGACUCGCUCGGGGUGAGGCACGCCGCCUCCUUCAACACCUCCUUCGACAUGAAUGUCUUCCGAGAAGAUAUGAGUUCGAAUGGCGAGGGCCUUGCUUUCGUCAUCGCCACCUCCCUCGAUGGCCCUCCGCCGGGCAGCCAUGGCGGAUUCCUCGGACUCACAAACACCACCUCAAAGUCUACUUCCAGAAACUUCGUCGCCGUCGAGUUCGACACGGCCAAGCAGCCGUACGACCCUGACGACAACCAUGUCGGCCUCAACAUCGGCAGCGUCGUCUCCGACCCCGCCGUGCCGCUGUCCUCGGUCCUGCCUGGCAACCUUACGAUCAAGACAACAGAAGUACAACCGACGAAUUACACCGUGUGGAUCGUCUACAGCGGCGUGGGGCACCACAUAUGGGUAUACAUGGCUCCCCAGGGCCAGGAGAGACCAGAGCAUGCCGUCCUUGACGCGCCGCUCAACAUCAGCUUUCAUCUCCCACAGAGAGCCUACAUCGGUUUCUCCGCGUCGACGGGGGCAAACUACGAGCUGCACUGCAUCAUGAGCUGGAACUUGUCGAUUGAAAAGCUCCCCGGCGAUGACCGUCACGGUGAGAAAUGGAAGGUGAUACUCCCGGCGGUCAUUGGUACGGUUGCCGUAACGGCCGCCAUGAUCGUCGCCGCGGCCUUCUACUUCAACUCGAGGUAUAAGGCCCUCAAGAUGGAGCUGAAGCUAUCCGAGGCUCUCCGGCGGCUUCCCGGGACGCCCAGGGAGUUCAAGUACGCCACCGUGAGGCAGGCCACCAACAACUUCGCCCAGGCAAGGAAGCUAGGCAAAGGAGGCUUUGGCGCCGUGUACAAGGGAACACUACGCUCUCCAGUUUCAGGGACGACCAAGGCACGCGUCGACGUGGCGGUGAAGAAGUUCACGCGUAAAGAAAACCGCUGCUACGACGACUUCCUCGCAGAGGUCGAUGUCAUCAACCGUCUGCGUCACCGAAAUAUCGUGCCGCUUGUUGGUUGGUGCUAUCAGAAAGGUGAACUCCUCCUCAUCGACUAG